AUGACAUUCAAAGUUAUCAGAAUCAUCACCAGUCUGCUUCUUUCCAACCAUUUUCUUUUCGGAAAAGGAUGUGAAAUUCAAGGCACUAUUGAUGACAAUAGUGCAUUUGAAAUGAAAGUACCAUUUGGUUCCCGAAAACCUCUAAAGUGUGGUUUAUUACCUUACGAAGCUAUUUCAGACAUACAUGGCUACUGGUAUGCUCAGACAGUUGAAGGUUCAAAUGACAUACUAUCCAUACGCUUAGAAAAUGACGAAGCUGUUAUCUUACCACCAGUAGGCAGGAACCUCUUUGACAUUCCUGGAGUAGCUGAAGUUGAAUGCGUUUUCCAUGAUCGUAACAGUCACGAGAAAUACUUUGAAUUCAGAAAGAAGCUGAAUGUAGAUUUAUGUGAUAUACAAGGCUCUUUAAAUGAUCAACCUGAACUAUGGUUAUCAAUAAUGAAUAAGUCACAUACAAAUACAGUUCACUGUGGCCUUUUAUCACCUCAUUUAGACGGAACUUUCAACAAAUACUUAGAAGGUCGAAUAAUCUGGCAAUCAGCUGAUGUUUUGUAUUUGAAUAAAAGUCUUAAUGGUGUUACAUUUCAAGUGAAAAAUGUUGGAGCUGCACUAAUUGAAUGUUUUCUUCGAGACUUUAGGGAUCAUCCAUAUAUUUUUUCCUAUACCGGAACAAUAAUAUAUAUGACUCAACAGCCUAUUGAUGUGAUAUAUUUGGAGGCUAAUUAUAUUCCAUUAUAUAGUAAUAAAAUACUUUCAUUUCCAUUGAAAAAAGGAGGAAAUCUCAAGUGGAAUGUAACUUUUAAUAAUGACAGUGAUCUACUGUCUUAUAGUUAUGAAUUACAUUGUAUCAUUAUUUCACCUUAUGGCAAGUAUGAUAAAUCAGGUGAAGUGAUAUUUCAAACGCAACAAAUAAAUGAGAAUACUGGUGAAUUCAUAAGGGGUGGGAUAACAAAACUGAUAAUUUACGACACAGGAAGACUGGGAACACUUAACGGUGUUGAUGAUCUUGAUGUAAUUGUAAGUGUUGGUUCAAGUGAAACAUUUAAAUGUGGUAUGAUUCCCAAAGAAGACGGUGGAUUUUGGAAGGCAGAGAUUGUUGGUGAUAAGAAGGAUAUUGUCUCAUUAAUUUAUAAUAAUGGUAAUGUAUAUAUUACACCAAAAAGAUGUGAGGAAGCCUAUGUAUAUAUCGGCCAAGUUCAAAUUCAGUGUUCUUUUUCACGGGAUUAUCGUUAUGCAGAAUUUAUAUUCACUAAGACUUUAUACAUUGUAGAUGGUGAUUGGGAUGGUACAUUAAAUGGGAAAGACACUUCUGAUGUCGUCGUGGGUGUUGGCUCAAGUGAAAAAUUCAAAUGUGGUCUUUUACCACACCAUUUUAAAAUAGAAUUAAUGGGUUAUUGGGAGGCUGAAGUUGUCAGAGGUCAAUCUACAUUAAUAUCUAUACAGAAAUGUUACAGACAAGCUGUUAUCGGACCACCAGAAAAUUCGUUGAAUUAUACAAUGAAAGGUUAUCUUCAAAUCCAGUGCAUACUCAAGAGAAAUACAAAUAAUGAAGUGAUUUUAAAAUUUAAGAAAGCAUUCGAGAUAUUAGACAGUAUGCUGGGAACACUAGAUGGACAGAGCACUGAAGAUGUUCAAAUUUAUGUUGGUUCUAGACCAAAUUUAAUGUGUGGUUUAUUACCUAGAAAUAUGGAGUCUAAGUUGAAUGGUUACUGGACAGCUCGUGUAGUAAGAGGAUCAAAAAACUAUGUGAACUUUGAAUCACAAAAUGGAAGUGUUUUUAUUAAACCAUCAGAGAAAGCUAAUUUCUACUCUAAACCUUUUGAUAUUGAAAUAGAAUGCAAUUAUUCAAAGCAUAGAAUUGGUGGUAAAAAAAUUUUCACCUUUACGAAAUCUAUGAAAGUGAAAGAAUUAUACAUUAUCUUACAUCCAAAUGUUGAGUUACGAGUCGGUGAUCAAAAAACAAUAACAUGUAUUCUACCUGGUGAUUCAACUGAAACAUUAUAUUCAAGAGGACAUUUAAAGUGUAUACCACAGAAAAAUUCUGAGAAGUUAAUUUCUGUUGAUAAUUCCCACAAUCAUCCAGUGAUUAAACCGCCAAUAGGCUUUUCAACAUAUCCAAAAUCUGGUCAUGCCUUCAUUGAAUGUGUAUUUACAUUUACUGAUGGAAGGAAAACACGAACUAUGCUGAAUAUUGAAAUUUAUAAUAAAUCAAAUGUUACGUACAAUUAUUUAAUGGCAUUAAUGGCUUUCUGGUUAAUUGUAUUGCAUAUAUCAUGCUGGACAGUAUAUAAACUUGUUUUGCUAUGUGAUCUGUCAAAUCUUUUAGCGCUGAGGUAUGACACCGAAAUCACUCAUCAUCUAUAUUGUCAAGAUUACCAUCACCAUUAUCAAAAUAAUUAUAUUCUACCAAUGACAUCAAUCAAUAAUCCCACAUCAGUGAAAUCACUACCAACUAAUCUUAUCAGCAUUAUAUCAUUAAGACGUAAGGAAUUUGGUGAUGAAGAAUUCACAAAACUGUUACAUAUAGCUAAAAUGUACAAAUCUUAUACAAGAAUAGUUCAGCACUGGCGAAGCCUGUAUGACGAUAAUGAUCGUGAAGGUCUGAUCAGUUCGUCAGAAUUACUGAUUGAUUUCAUUAGAUCUAGUAUGAAAAUAGAUGAAUGUAAGUUGUUAUUAGCAAAAGUUUUAUUCAAUGUUUAUGUUUUUCUGUUUAAGAUUAAAUGA